UUUGUCGCAUAUUGAAAAGGUGUGUCCUGUGAUCUAGGUGGAAGAGUUUUAAUUUUAUAUUCGCAACACCUGCGUUUUUAUAAUGUUUUCUUAAUGUAAUAAUCUGAGAACUCUCAUAUUUUUCAAUUUGAAAAGAAAGAUCCAAUGGCUGAAGCACAGCCAAAAGCCAGGUCAACAUGGUUUCUUCUUAUUGGAAGCAUAUUUGCUUUUCUUGCUGCCCUUAUUUUAUUCAUAGCAUUUUGUAGCCCCUACUGGAUGGAAUCAUACCCUGAGACAUAUUCUGAAUUUGUUCGCAUGGGGUUAUGGAACUUUUGUUUCAAGAAUUAUCGUCAUCCAUCUUACCAAUAUGAUGACCUCUUUGAUGGUUGCCACUGGGUGUUCAGUUACAAGUACCAAAACAUCAGAGACUGGAUGCAACCUGGUUGGCUGAUCUUUGUGCAGGCUGUAAUGUCACUCUCUGUCAUUUUCUCUCUGCUAGCAUUAUCAUUCACAAGUAUUAUUUUGAUGAGAUUCAUGCUCAAAUUUGAAGUUUAUAUUAUUGGUGCAGCUUGCUGUUUGGAAUCGGUUAUAGCUGUUAUUAUGUUUCUUGGAGUAAGUGUUUUUGGAGGAAUGUGCUAUGACAGGUCUUGGCUGCAAUACCCAUCAUUCAAUCAUCUUUCAUGGGCAUAUGGCUUGGCUGUGGUUUCCAUGUUUUUUCAUAUUUUCUCUGCUCUUUAUCUUUUUGCUGACACCAAACGAGCACGUGAACAUAAGCGACGUGUGAGCAACUUAGUGUAUAAUAUGCAGCCAAGGUUCUAAUUGGAUGCUUAUUAUGCACUUGUGCAGUAGUGAUAUAGUGGGUAUUUUAUGGUUUUAUUCAUUGUUUUUUGGAUGUUCAAUCAAACAAUUGAAUCGAUUAUUUCAGAAAGGGCAUAAGUUCUGCGGAAAUCCCUUUCUGAAGUAAUCGAUUUGAUUAUACAUUUCAUUAUAAUGCUAUAAAUAAUGGACUUUUUAAGUGUUUUUAAUAUGUUAUGUGCUCUGAAUGUAUUUGAAAGGUAGUUCAGCUGUGUACUGCCAUGCUAAGUGCAAAAGUGGUAACUGCAGUCAAGUUCAAAAUGAAAAAUUGCCGUUUUAAGUUUUGUACCUCUAUGUAUUUGAUGCAGAUGCAACUUUUUCAGAUUUUUUAAAAAAAUAUUUGACAUUGACAAGUUACCUAAAACAUUGUAUUUAGGUAAAAAAUGUGACAAAGAACCACCUGGUGACUGUAACUCAAUUUUGAUAAAAAGAGCAGACAACUUUUGUGCAUAACACGGCAGUAUCGUGAGAAAUUAUUUUUUGUCAGCAAUGUUUAAUCUCCAAAUAUUUAUAAAUUAUUGCUUGUAAUUCAGAAUGAACUACUGAAAUUUGAAAUGGAUUUUUUAUUUUGGUGGGAAACUUUUCAAGUCAAAUCAUUGUUUUUAUAUGAAAUAUUAAUAUUGUUUUUUGAUUUUUAUGCAAGAACAGAUACUCAGUUUUGCAUUUAAAAGUUUACGUAACAGCCAUGGGAUUGCAGAAAAGUGAGAAGAGAGGGAUGCAGUGUAUAAAAUUAGAAAUUGAAUCUCGUGUACAUGCAAUAUACUGACAGCACAGUUAUGACUUCUAGAGACUGCAGUUUCGUGCUUGUUAUGGACGCAUUAGUCUGAAAUAGUCAAUAAUCGAGCUGGACGCAGAUGUCGUCUUAUUGGAGCUAAGAUUAUCUUCAAACUAGUGACAUAACACUGCAAGCAACAUAACAAAGAGUCUGCAAGCAAUGAUGCGCCGGUUCAACUCGUAAAAUAAAGAUAAAAGCUUUGGUAAUAAACAGUAAGUUAUUGCCAUUGCCCUUAACACUUUAACUUGCCAUGGCUAUCAUAUGCGAUAGCUAGUGAUGUUUCCGUUGGGACACAGUUCAUCAGAGAUGAUAACUAGUCAUAUCUGAUAGCCAGACCACCACAAAUUGGUGGCAAAUUGGUAACAUUUGCAAUUUUGACUUGGCAUUCAAAGUGUUAAGGCAUGCAAUAUACCAACAGCCUGGUUAUGACAUCACCAGACUGCUACAGAGCAGACCAGAGUAAUCCCUGGAUUCCAUAACCGAUAUAUUGAUUCAGGAUUGUAAACAACUGCUUAGAACCACUCAUGUAAUUAUCAGUUGUGCCUUAAAAAAUAAAGAAUAAGUUAGAUCUAUAAACAACAUCAAUGCUAUUUUUAAGCACAAUUUCUGAAGUUUAUGCAAAAUUAUGAACAAAACAUAUUUACCAUUUGACUAAUAUGUUUUCAUCAAUGCAAAUAAUACUUAAUUAAAGAAGGAAUUGUCGCAAACUAGGUAAGGUUCAAAAAAAAAAAAAUUUACAGGUUGCAUUAAAUGUUCAGAAAAUCAAUUUUAUAUGUUUUAGUACAUUUUGUAAUUAUGUGAAUGAAAAAGGUUCCAUCAGAUUAGAUUGCAUUUAGAUAGACAAACACAAGCACAGUAGAAAUCAGCAACUCUCAUUUUGAAGUCAUUAAAAAUGUCAUUAGCUCAAACUAAAGCCCCUAUAUAAGAUAGGCCGGCGCAUCAGCUUAAGUUUAGCCAUUUUGGAUUGGAUUUUUCAUUGUUGUGGAGAACUACCACAGCAAAGUUUCUGGGUUUUGCCAAAUUGGCUAAAAAUAAUAUUUUAUUUAAUAAACAAUUCACGUGUGGCUAAUAAUUGAUUGCAGGGAAAAAUCUCCAAAUGAUAUAACUCACCAGAAAAGACAACCACUCAAACAAACGCUCUGACCCAAAAUGGCUAAUCUUAAGCUGAUGCGUCGACUCAUCUAUAUAGUGGCCUUAGCUCAAACAGACCAAGUGAAUUAUGUAUUUCUUUUAAAGAAACCUUUAUCUAAAACUCACUAUAAUAACUAUUAAUGUUACUAUUUUAUGGCAACAGUGACUUUUAUAUUUAAUCAUUCAUUUAGUCCAAGAAGAUCAAGGUAAGCCUUGCCAAUAUACAUGAAAAAUACUAAUUUUUCACCCUUAACUUUCUUUUAAAAGAAAAAAUAUUUUCAAAUCAUAUGGUGUGGAAGCUAAGUUAGGUCAUUUUAAUUGAUUAAAAGAAAAACCGAAUUGGUUCAUCAAGUAAGAAAUUGUAAACUGGUACUCAGUUGAAAUAAUGCUAGAUUAUAAUAUCAGUAAGAAAAAGAAAGAAUGCUUCAUGUCUUUUUCAAUUAGAAAAUCAAAAUGCCAUAAAAUUCUUUUCUUUUCUUUUUUUUUUUUUUUUUCAAGUUUUUACUGCUGUACCUAGUAAGCAUUUCUUUUAUUUUCAAAGUACAUUUUCCUUUUUUUUUUCCUGAAUUUUUUUUUUCAAUUGGGUUUUUUUCUGAAAAUUGUCUAUCAUUAAUAACUAUUUUAGUACAACUGUACAAACCUGUAUAUGAGGGGCUAGAAUUCAAAACAAGGAGCAAGAAUCCCCCCUCCUCUCAAAUUUAUCAGUUCCUUGAAAAAUGAUUUAAGUUAGAUAUUCCUACCCUCAGAAGGUUUACGAACAAAACUUAUACUGACUUAUAAUUCUAAUGCUGCUCUGUUUGCGUUGCGGAAUUUAUUAAAUUUUGGAAUAUUUGCUGGCAUAAAAAUUUUAAUUGCAGGAAUGCACAAGAGGUUGAAAUAGUGACCUAAUAUUGUGGAUUUUUCUCCCUCAAAAUAGCUUCUAAAUUUCUCCUUGCAUAAAACUUAGAAGAAAGUCUCCCCUCCUCUGAAAAAUUUGGAUUUUAGCCUCUGAUAAACAAAUAUGAGGAAAAUCGCGCGUUUGAUGGAGAAUCUCAUGUUUUGUGUAAAAAUUUUACUAUCAUUUUGUAUGAAAUGUACUCAUGUAUUUUAGAAAUUAAUAUAUAUACGUGUAGUUUCUUAGAUUAUUAUUGCUUCAUUUUGCAAUAUUUUGAACCAUUCCGUCCAAAAAUGGAAAAAGUAAUAAAUCAAAAAUUUUGUAACUAGUGUUUGUUAAAUGCAUAGCAUGAAAAGGAUUUAUGUAAAAAAUUUUACUCAUCAAAUUAUAUAUUGUUGGUAUAUAGUUAUAAAUUACUUUUAUAUAUUCCAUAAAUUUUAUUAAAUCAUUUCAUUCCGUCCAAAUGUUUUUAUACACUUAUUACACAAAACUUCUAUUUUGAACUGUUUUGGAAAAUAAAGUUAUUGAAUCUCUU